AUGGCGGUGGCGAAGAACUUGCUGGCUGUGCGUGCCAAGGUGGCAGGGGCUGUAGCUAAGACCACAUGGAAACAACAGUGUACGUUGGUAGCGGUGAGCAAAACCAAGCCUUUGGAGGAUCUGCAGGAGGCGUAUGAGGCCGACCAACGACACUUUGGCGAGAAUUACAUCCAGGAGCUGACGCAGAAGGCGCCUCUCCUCCCGGCAGACAUCAAGUGGCACUACAUCGGUCACGUACAGUCCAACAAGGCCAAGCCACUCGUCCGUGACGUACCCAAUCUCUUCGUCGUAGAGACUGUGGAUUCUAUCAAGAUCGCCAAUGCCCUCAACAAGGCGUCGGGUGAGUUCCGCACCGAGAAGCUCAACGUGAUGGUGCAAGUGAACACCAGUGAGGAGGAGCAGAAGUCGGGCAUCGAUACCGAUGGUUCAGUUGAGCUCGCGCGCCACAUUGUGGCAUCCUGCGAGCACUUGAACCUCACAGGGCUCAUGACUAUUGGACGAUAUGGUGACACCACUUCGGAGUGCUUCGACCGUCUGGUGGCCUGCCGUAAGAAGGUCGCUGAGGCGAUUGGAAAGACUGAGACAGAGCUGGCGCUUAGCAUGGGCAUGUCCGGAGACUUUGAGCUGGCGAUUUCUUGCGGAAGCACUCACGUCCGUGUCGGAUCGACGAUCUUCGGUGCCCGCAACUACGCGAAGAAGGAAUAG